AUGGAUGACGACCUAAGAGAGAGACCCGGUGUAGUUUCCCGGUUCUUCCAUUCCUUAGAAGUUAAAUACCAGUAUUAUUUGGAUAAACUCACACCGCAAACUACUGUUCGAUGGUUGAUGGCGGUCGUGGCUAUUAUCACUUUCUGUGCCAGGAUUCUCUACCUCCAAGGCUUCUACAUAGUGGCAUAUGCUGUCGGAAUCUACUAUUUGAAUUUGCUUCUUCUUUUCCUGACACCUUCUAUUGAUCCUGCUCUCGAGGAUGAUGACGACGGGCCUGGCUUCUACAUAGUGGCAUAUGCUGUCGGAAUCUACUAUUUGAAUUUGCUUCUUCUUUUCCUGACACCUUCUAUUGAUCCUGCUCUCGAGGAUGAUGACGACGGGCCUGUUCUGCCAUCAAGAACAAACGACGAGUUUCGCCCUUUUAUGCGUCGCUUACCUGAAUUUAAAUGCUGGCAUUCCGCUAUGAAAGCCACCCUAAUCGCGAUCAUAUGUACGUUCUUCGAAUUCUUCAACGUACCCGUAUUCUGGCCGAUUCUUGUCAUGUACUUCAUAAUUCUUUUCUUCCUCACGAUGAAGAGGCAAAUAAUGCAUAUGAUCAAGUACAAAUAUAUCCCAUUCACGGUUGGAAAGCCUCGAAUGGCCGGAAAGGAGGACACUGGCAAGAGCUCCCAGAUUAAACUGUCACCAACUAGCAGAUCUGCAGAGACGCACGGUUUGCUUGACCAGGACUGGAAUUGA